AAAGGCAUCAUUCAACUCCAAAGCAUCGAAGAGUGAGCUUGUCUCAUCGUCUUUUUUUUUCAACAAAGCAAUCCGAAAAGAAAGUAGAGAAAAAUGACUGGCCGUGGAAAAGGUGGAAAGGGUCUUGGGAAAGGAGGUGCCAAGAGACACCGCAAAGUUCUACGUGAUAACAUCCAAGGUAUCACAAAGCCAGCUAUCCGUCGUCUUGCACGUCGUGGUGGCGUGAAGCGUAUCUCUGGGCUGAUCUACGAGGAGACUCGUGGUGUCCUCAAAGUCUUCCUAGAGAAUGUCAUCCGUGAUGCUGUGACAUACACUGAACACGCCAAGAGGAAGACAGUCACGGCAAUGGACGUUGUGUAUGCCCUGAAGCGCCAAGGACGCACUCUGUACGGUUUCGGUGGUUAAAUCUUCUGAACAUCUCAUUCCCGGGAAUGCAAUGACUUCAUCGACAUUACAACAAAAAAAAACGGUCCUUUUCAGGACCACAAUAAAAUGAAUAAAGAGCUCUUAAUGAAUUUCUUUACAAAACUCUAAAAUGAAAAUAAAUUGAUUUUUUCUUUGUUUCUCAUGCAUUGCUUUCUGUAAUUGUGAUAAAUCUGAAAAUUAUAUCUCGAGAAAUUUGAAUAAUGAAUUCUUUUAUUUGUAAGAAAAACCAAGAUUAAUAUUUAAAA